AUGAAGUUUUAUUCUCUAUUCCAAGAAAAACAUGGUCAAUAUACCAGAAAGGAGAGAUGUGUCAGCAUUGGGAAACUGGUUCCUUUGUUCUUGUGUUCACUAGUUGCAACCAUCAUUCUCAGCUUCUUCCUCUAUUUCCCGUACCCCUUGAAUCCUUUGACCAGAUGUGGGUUUCAGCAAAUAUUAAGAUUAGAUGGUAAUGAAUGCUUUUGUUUUUCAGAUUAUGGGAUUGCGAAUUGUGACUUGUUUAAGGGUCAUUGGGUAGCAGACGAUAAAGGGUCACGCUAUACAGAUUCAAGCUGUCUAACAAUUCCGGAAUCGAACAAUUGUUUCAUGCAAGGGAGGAAGGACGAUGAUUUUCUAAAAUGGAGAUGGAAACCUGACGAUUGUGAUCUUCCAAGGUUUGAUGCCAAGGUUUUCUUGGAUAUGGUUCGUGGAAACAAAAUGGCAUUCAUUGGUGACUCUGUUGCCAGGAACCAAUUGGAAUCACUUCUCUGUCUGUUGGCUCAGGAGGAAGUUCCGAAAGAUAUUUAUAAGGAUCCUGAAGACAGGCUCCGGAUAUGGAAUUUUCGUGGACAUGACUUCACUCUCAUGACCCUCUGGUCUGGAUUCCUAGUUGUUGGAGACCGUAAAGUGAUCAAUGGUUCAAGUGAGUGUUACAAUUUGCAUCUUGACAAGAUUGAUGAAAGUUGGACAACAAACCUCCCUACAAUUGACUAUGCAAUUAUCGCAGUUGAGCAUUGGUUCUUCAGGCCUAUUUACUUGUAUGAAGGACCAAACAUAGUAGGAUGUGUAUAUUGCUAUAACUCAAGUAUAACCAAUGUUGGCGUCAUCGGAGCGAUCCAUAUGACCUUUCGAGCAGCAUUUAAAUACGUCAAUGACUGCAGCAGGUGUCGAGGCAUAGUGACAGUUGUAAGGACAUUUUCACCAUCUCAUUUUGAGAAUGGAAGCUGGAACACUGGAGGAAGCUGCAACAGGACAAGUCCCAUAGGUGAAAAAGAGAUUGAUUUGGGAGGUGAAGGAUGGGAACUGAGAAAAAUUCAGGUAGAAGAAACUGAAAGAGCAAGAACGGAGGGAGACAAGAAAGGGAAGAGCUUUGUGAUUAUGGAUGUCACUAAAGCAAUGUUGAUGAGACCUGAUGGGCAUCCAGAAGAAUUCUGGGGAAAUAAUUGGUUGAAGGGUUACAAUGACUGCGUACAUUGGUGCUUACCAGGUCCAAUCGAUGUCUGGAAUGAAUUUUUGAUGGCAUUUCUAGAAAUAGAAACGGGGUUAAUUUCUUCUUAUGGAUCCAGCUUACUAGAAAAUACUGUAUAUUACUUAUUUAUACAGUGUCCGUCUGUUUUCCAUGUAGAUAAUAGAUUUUUUAUUGCCCACCUGAAAGAUGAAGAAAACUAG